AUGCCAUGUUUUGAUUGUAGUGUUAAACCUAUGUGUGGUCAUGUGAUUAUUUUCCAAGUUUUUGCAUGCACGGGUUCAAAGUUAAUACACUGUAAUACAUAUACGACUGUUGAUAACCCUGUAUAUAUGUAUACAGAUAUGUUUGUGUAUACAUCGGUGCCUGAUACGGAAAUGCUCUGAAGACAGUUGUUGCCGAUGUCAGUUUAUCAUAAAUUAAUUCAAUUAAUGUCAAUUAAAAGUUGGAAUCUGGAAUUCAUUGAUAGUGUAUUGAGAUGGGACUGUACAAUAUUUUACUAUUCAUUUUUAUUGCAUUAUGGCAACCUACCAUGCAAUAUAUCCUUUUAAAUAAAUUUUACGGAAACUAUCAAAAUCAAUUACGCACUCAAAAUGAGUUAUACAGCGGGAAAUACAAAUAUGAGAUUAAAACAAUUGAUAUGCCAGUGGAUCACUUUAGCUUUUCAGUGCCAGAUACAUUUAAAUUACGAUAUCUUGUAAAUAAUACUUGGCAAAUCAAAAAAGAUGCACCUAUUUUCUUUUAUACUGGAAAUGAAGGUAACAUUGAAAAUUUUGCUCAAAAUACUGGUUUUAUGUGGGACAUAGCUCCAGAAUUUGGAGCUUUAUUAAUUUUUGCUGAACAUCGUUACUAUGGAGAAUCUAUGCCUUAUGGCAAUAAAUCCUACAUGGAUUUGAAUCAUUUAGGAUAUCUAACAUCUCGACAAGCCCUUGCAGAUUAUGUCGAUUUGAUUCAAUAUGUGAAAUCUAAACCAGAAUAUAAGUAUAGUCCUGUUAUAGUUUUUGGUGGUUCAUAUGGUGGUAUGCUUAGUGCAUGGAUACGUAUGAAAUAUCCUCAUGUUGUACAAGGAGCAAUUGCAUCUUCAGCUCCAAUAUUACAGUUUAGUGGAGUUACGGAAUGUGAAGCUUUUGUACGCAUAGUUACCUCAGAUUUUAAAACAGCUCAUACAAACUGUCCAAAACUUAUUCGUAGAUCAUGGAAUACUAUCAUCAAUAUAACAUCAAGCGACAAAGGGAGAGAGUGGUUAGCAGAUAGUUGGAAAUUAUGUCAACCAUUAAAAAAUUCAAGUGAUGUCCAACAACUAAUGUCUUAUUUGGAAGAUAUUUAUAUAAACCUUGCUGUAGUAAAUUAUCCAUAUGAAGCUAACUUUUUGACACCAUUACCUGCUUACCCCGUUAAAGCUGUAUGCAAACAUCUAACAAAUCAAUCACUCGUAGGAACAGAGUUGUUAAUAGCAAUACACAAAGCAAUUAAUAUAUUCACCAAUUAUUCUAGUGAAACAAAGUGUUUAAAUUUAAAUGAUUCUGUGCCUCAAUUAGGUGCUGUUGGAUGGCCUUUCCAAGCCUGUACAGAAAUGGUAAUGCCAAUAUGUUCAGAUGGAAUAAAUGAUAUGUUUAAACCUCGUUCAUGGAAUUUGGAUAGAUAUAUCAAUGACUGUAUGAAACAAUAUUCAGUAAAACCACAGCCAAACUUAGUAUGCGAACAAUAUGGAUGUAAAGAUCUGUCUACUGCAACAAAUAUUGUUUUCAGUAAUGGUUUAAUGGAUCCAUGGUCUAGUGGUGGAGUAUUACAGAACUUAUCUUCUUCAGCAGUAGCAGUAAUAAUACCAGAAAGUGCACAUCAUCUUGACUUAAGAAGCAGUAAUGCCAAUGAUCCAUAUAGUGUUGUUUUAGCACGGAAAUACCAUCGCUUCUUUAUUAAAAAAUGGAUUCAAGAAUACCGAGAUAAAAACAAAAUCUAUUAGCUAAAUUUUUAUACUAAUGUUGUGAUGGGAAACUUUAAUAAAAAACGAAUAUGCGGAAAACUA